AUGUAUCGAAGCCGAAAGCUGUUCUAUAGAGCCUCAACACUCUGCCUCUUCACCCUGAUGCAAGCUGUCGAUCCUUCUAUGAUGCAGGUUUCUAGCACUCACAGACGGCGACAGGCUGGAGAAGUCCGUCUGCCUUUCCCCGCCUUACCCAAGUCUCCAACGCUCUCAGAACAGUGUCGCGUGACCGUCAUUCUCACCUCAACUCGUGAUGAUUCAUCUCGUUGUCUUGCAUAA